AAAACGGCGGUGACGAGGAGAACGAAUAUGACGGGUUAUAGGCUGGGUGAGCAAUCGAGUAGCUCGUGUUACAAUAUAAUAUUAUCAUUAAUCAUCGUUGUGCCAGAAAAUUACUCGAUGCCUAUUAUAAGCAUUCACCCCGUUUCCGAUUUCCAACGGUCGUGCAUUACACUAACAUACGAUAGACAAAUGAGAAUACAGCGUAUAAAAUAUUACAAUAACGUAAUAUUGCAAUAUUACGAUUUGAUGGAUUAUUAAUUACCGGUCAUUAGGUCCACGAUAUCACGAUGACGAACGUAUUAAUAUACGCGGACCGCAGUCGUGGUUCACGGGUUAGUUACCGUGUUUAGUCGAUCGUUCAGAAGUUUCACCGCAGAAUACAAUAGGUAGUAUUAUAUUCUGGAAAUUCUGGAUUAAGAUUUUUUUUAUAACAAAAAAAAUGUGUCAUCUGUACUGUUUACGAUAAGAAUCUGAUUGUAUGAUAUACACACAAUAUAUGUUAUACACUCGACGAACAUAAUAUACAAUUCGCGAUGGAGUUAUCGCUGCAACUAUUGUCGUUAAUUGCAUCGUUGUUGUGUCACCAUAUCGUUCUGGUGUCAGCCCGACGGAAUAUCACUAGAAAUGUAUAUUAUGACCGCGGCAACCAAAGAACCGACAACGGAGCAGUAGAUUCAAGAUGUCAACCGUGCACCUGCGGUGUUGGAUAUCCCGGAUCGAGGAUCGUGGGUGGCAGCGAAGUCAGAGAGAACGAAUAUCCUUGGAUGGCAUCGCUGUGGAACGUCAGGAAGAAGUUCUUUUGCGGCGGUUCCAUCGUCACAGAUCAAUAUGUGCUCACGGCUGCCCACUGUUUUAGCGAAGUACCGGCUACCAAUUAUCGAGAGAUACACGUUGUUCUCGGGCAGACCAGAAGGCCCGGUAGGCUGUAUCCGGGCGGUCCGCACGUCAUCCGAGCCGCAGUAGUGAAGAUACACCACAAGUAUGACCGACAGGGAGCGAAUGUGCACGACAACGACAUAGCGCUGGUCAAAAUGGUCAGACCAGUGAAAUUCGAACGCACCACCCAGCCCAUUUGUCUGCCUAUGAUCAGGUACGACUAUGGUGGGUUGACCGCGGUCGUGGCCGGAUGGGGGCAGUUGAGCGAGUACAGCGGCACGUCGCUGAGCCUCAGGCACGCCACGCUUCCCUUGUGGGCCGAAAAGGAAUGCGCCGCCGUUCCCGGAAUCGAGAAAACGGGAUUCACGCCCAACAUGAUGUGCGCCGGGCUCCGGGAAGGAGGAGUGGACUCGUGUCAGGGCGACAGUGGUGGACCUCUGAUGCUUAAUGAUAAUAGCGAAAAAAUAACAGUGGCAGGAAUCGUUUCUUGGGGCAUUGGGUGCGGAGCUCCAAAACUCCCAGGAGUGUACACAAGAGUCGACAAAUAUCUAGGAUGGAUAAUGAGAAACACGAAGGACAGUUGCCACUGUACAAACUGAAUCAAGUUUUCAUGACCAUUGAACACUACAGAAAUUCUUCAAUCAACAACCACUCAAUAUCACAACAUUGAGAGUCUACGACUAAUUUAGUUUUUGCAAUAUAAAUCGCUGAAGAUAAUACGUUUCAUCAAAACACAGUCGAUCCGUCAUCAGUCUCUACU